GCCGGAGCGCCCCGGGCGCUGGCGUCCUCUGUGGAGGCUCCUCGGCUGCCCCGCUGCUGCCGCCCUGAGCACCGUGGACCCGGAGACCCGGAGCCUAAAAAGAGUGGAAAUGGCUGGAGCAUCCCUCGACCUCCUAGAGGAGCAGGAUAUUUCGGAACCACUGGCCUAGCUCAUGGGCGUUGAAGUCAGACCUGAAUUUACCUCCAGUUUCCUAUCAGGCACGUUGGACAUAAAAUGAAUGAGAGAAAUGAGAUUCAUGUUUCCACAGCCCUGAAAUUCCUAUUGCUCACCCCCACAGGGUCAAGAAAUUGGAGCAUGGCCAUGAGCAAUGGAAACAGCGAUUUUGUGGCUCUGAGCAAUGGCAGCCUCGCAGCCAGUGCAGCCAACCCCAGUCCCCUGCCCCCCUGCGACGGAGACCUUGCAGCCCAGCAGCUCCCACCCAGAGAAGCACCAAGAGCAAAAGUGAGUCCAAACGGUUGCCUGCAAGUGAAUGGCACAGUUAAGUCAUCCUUCCUGCCUUUAGACAACCAAAGAACGACUCAGCUCUUGCCCCAGUGCUGCCAUCCCUGCCCAUACCACCACCCGUUGACUAGCCAUAGCAGUCACCAAGAGUGCCACCCCGAGGCUGGCUCCGUGUCCCCUUCCGCUUUGGCCUCGUGUUGCAUGCAGCCCCACGCAGAAUACUCCGCAUCUCUGUGCCCGCACCAUGCGCCCGUUUACCAGACUGCGUGCUGUCUCCAGCACUGCCCGUCCUUCUGCCUGCACCACCCGUGGCCCGAGCAUUUCCAGCACCAGCCCGCGCAGCGGCACGCAGCCAGCAUCAGACCAUCCAGACCUUUCAAGUUGCCAAAAAGUUACGCAGCCCUAAUAGCCGACUGGCCCGUGGUGGUCCUGGGCAUGUGCACUGUGCUCAUCGUGGUCUGUGCCUUGGUGGGAGUAUUGGUGCCAGAGCUUCCUGACUUCUCUGACCCAUUGCUGGGUUUUGAACCAAGAGGGACUACAAUAGGCCAGAGGCUGGUCACGUGGAAUAACAUGGUGAAAAACACAGGAUACAAAGCAACAUUAGCCAAUUAUCCCUUUAAAUAUGCAGAUGAGCAAGCCAAAAGCCACCGGGAUGACAGAUGGUCAGAUGACCAUUAUGAAAGAGAAAAGAGAGAAGUAGACUGGAACUUCCACAAAGACAGCUUCUUCUGUGAUGUCCCAAGUGACCGAUACUCCAGAGUAGUAUUCACUUCAGCUGGAGGGGACACAUUAUGGAAUUUACCAGCAAUUAAAUCGAUGUGCAAUGUAGAUAACACAAGGAUCAGGGCGCACCCGCAGUUCGGCGACCUGUGCCAGAGGACCACGGCCGCGUCCUGCUGCCCCAGCUGGACGCUGGGCAACUACAUCGCCAUCCUGAACAACCGCUCGUCCUGCCAGAAGAUCGUGGAGCGGGACGUGUCGCACACGCUGAAGCUGCUGCGCACGUGCGCCAAGCACUACCGCAACGGGACGCUGGAGCCCGACUGCUGGGACGCGGCGGCGCGCAGGAAGGACCAGCUCAAGUGCACGAGCGUGCCGCGCAAGUGCACCAAGUACAACGCCGUGUACCAGAUCCUGCACUACCUGGUGGACAAGGACUUCCUGGCGCCCCGCGCGGCCGAGCAGGCCCCGCCGGCGCUCAAGUACAGCAUGCUCGUGUCGCCCACCGAGAAGGGCGAGAGCAUGAUGGGCAUCUACCUGGACAACUUCGAGCGCUGGAACGCGUCGGACGGCGUGACCACGGUGGCCGGGAUCGAGUUCGGCAUCAAGCACAGCCUGUUUCAGGACUACCUGCUGAUGGACACCGUGUACCCCGCCAUCGCCAUGGCGCUCGUGCUGCUGGUCAUGUGCGCCUACACCAGGUCGGUGUUCAUCACGCUCAUGACCAUGUUCGCCAUCCUCAGCUCCCUGAUCGUCGCCUACUUCCUCUACCGCGUGGUGUUCGCCUUCGAGUUCUUCCCGUUCAUGAACCUCACGGCGCUCAUCAUCCUGGCGGGGAUCGGGGCGGACGACGCCUUCGUCCUGUGCGACGUCUGGAGCCACACCAAGGGCGACCGGCCGCGCGCGCGCACGGCGGAGACGGUGGGCGCGGCCCUGCGGCACGCCGCGCUCUCCAUGUUCGUCACCAGCUUCACCACGGCCGCCGCCUUCUACGCCAACUACGUGAGCAACAUCACGGCCAUCCGGUGCUUCGGCGUGUACGCGGGCACGGCCAUCCUGGUCAACUACCUGCUGAUGGUCACCUGGCUCCCGGCCGUGGUCGUGCUGCACGAGCGCUACCUGCUCAACAUGCUGGCGGGCCUGCGGCGGCCCCGCGCGCGGCCGUGCGACGGCAAGAGCUGCUGGACGGCCGCCCGCCGGACCUGCCACCGCCUGCUGUUCGCCGCGUCCGAGGCGUCGCGGAUUUUCUUCGAGAAGGUGCUGCCCUGCCUGGUCAUCAAGUUCCGCUACCUGUGGCUGGGCUGGUUCCUCGCCCUGACGGUGGGGGGCGCCUACAUCGUGUGCGUCCACCCCAAGAUGAAGCUGCCCUCCCUGGAGCUGUCCGAGUUCCAGGUCUUCCGGGCGUCGCACCCCUUCGAGCGCUACGAUGCCGAGUACAAGAAGCUGUUCAUGUUCGAGCGCGUCCGCCACGGGGAGGAGCUCCACAUGCCCAUCACGGUGAUCUGGGGCGUGUCCCCCGAGGACAACGGCAACCCGCUGAACCCCAAGAGCAAGGGGAGGCUGACCCUGGACAGCAGCUUCAACAUCGCCAGCCCGGCCUCCCAGGUCUGGAUUUUGCACUUCUGCCAGAAACUGCGAAACCAGACGUUCUUUUACCAGACGGACGAGCAGGACUUCACCAGCUGCUUCAUCGAGACCUUCAAGCGCUGGAUGGAAAACCAGGACUGCGACGAGCCGGCCCUGUACCCCUGCUGCAGCCGCUGGAGCUUCCCCUACAAGCAGGAGAUCUUCGAGCUGUGCAUCAAGAGGGCCAUCAUGGAGCUGGAGAGGAGCACGGGGUACCACCUGGACAGCAAGACGCCGGGGCCCCGGUUCGACAUCAACGACACCAUCAGGGCGGUGGUCCUGGAGUUCCAGAGCACCUACCUCUUCACGCUGGCCUACGAGAAGAUGCACCAGUUCUACAAGGAGGUGGACGCGUGGAUCUCCAGCGAGCUGAGUUCGGCCCCCGAGGGCCUCAGCAACGGCUGGUUUGUCAGCAACCUGGAGUUCUACGACCUCCAGGACAGCCUCUCCGACGGCACCCUCAUCGCCAUGGGGCUGUCCGUGGCCGUGGCCUUCAGCGUGAUGCUGCUCACCACCUGGAACAUCAUCAUAAGCCUGUACGCCAUCAUUUCAAUCGCCGGGACCAUCUUUGUCACCGUCGGUUCCCUUGUCCUGCUGGGCUGGGAGCUCAACGUUUUGGAGUCGGUCACCAUCUCGGUGGCGGUGGGCCUGUCCGUGGACUUCGCCGUCCACUACGGGGUCGCUUACCGCCUGGCCCCGGACGCCGACCGGGAGGGGAAGGUGGUCUUCUCCCUGAGCCGCAUGGGCUCUGCCAUCGCCAUGGCCGCCCUGACCACCUUCGUGGCCGGGGCCAUGAUGAUGCCGUCCACGGUCCUGGCCUACACCCAGCUGGGCACCUUCAUGAUGCUCAUCAUGGGCAUCAGCUGGGCCUUCGCCACCUUCUUUUUCCAAAGCAUGUGCCGGUGCCUUGGGCCGCAGGGUACCUGCGGUCAGAUCCCUCUACCCAAAAAGCUCCAGUGCAGUGCCUUCUCCCAUUCCUUGUCUGCCAGUCCUGGGGACAAAGGACAAAGCAAAACACACGCCCUGAAUGCUUAUCACGUGGAUCCCAGGGCCCAAAAGUCUGACAUGGAGCAUGAGUUUUACGAACUAGAGCCCCUGGCGUCCCACGGCUGCCCCGCCUCCGAGAAGGCUGCUUACGAAGAGACCCGCACCUGCCCCGAGUUUCUGGGCAGCCCCGCGCACGCGGCUCACAACAGCGAGCUGGGCAAAAGCGCCAGGAGCGAGCCAGGCGCCGCGCUGCUGCAGCCACCCCCGGAACAGCACACGAUGUGUCACUUUCUCUCUCUGAACCAGAGGUGCAGCUGCCCAAAUGCCUACAAACACUUGAAGUACGGCCCGCACCCUUGCCAGCAGAUGAGCGACUGCUUGUGCCACCAGUGUGCCCAUGCCGCCGGCAGCUUUGUGCACGUCCAGAACGGCGGGGCGGCCCUGAAGGCGGCACACCCGGCCCCCGAGGGCUUCGGGCACCCCAUCCCACACAUCCGCCACUGCCCCUGCCUGCAGGGCAGAGCAAAAGCGCCCGGAAUGCAGAGCCCCCGGCCUCGGAGUUUCUUCCUCCCCCCGGGGCACAUCCAGGACCAAACAGGGAAGAGCAGCGCGCACAGCCUGCAGAGCGUCGAGGAGCAUCUGCCAAAGGUGGCCGAGCCAUCAGCGUUUGUCUGCAGGAGCGCAGGAUCUUUACGGAAAGCGUGUUGUGAUCCUGAGAGUAACCAAAGGGGACCCGGUCAGAUCAGAGACACGGGGAAUGUGGCAGGCGGUGCGGGGACUGAAAGCAAGGCCUCCAGUUCAGCGGGUCAGGCCGACAGGGCAGAAACGGGAGCCGAGCAGAGCUCGCCACAGACCGAUGUCACUGUGAACUCAGAACGUUUAAAUCGGAAUGAACCGAAAUUUCUAUCGAACCAUUUAAUGGGGGAGGCUGGCUGCGGGUCGUGCCCAAACCGUCCACACGGCUGCGGCAGGGUGGCCAGAGUGAGGUGCGGCUCUGUGCACUGCCAGGUGCCAGCCUUCGAAGGCGGUGUGCCUGCUGUCCUGGCACACUCGGAACUUUCGGGUGAGAGUCUGUUAAUAAAAACGCUUUAAUAAAUAUAGUAUUAAAUUCAGAA